CCUAUGAUUACAACAGUCAGUUGCUCAGCAGUUCAGUGGUGUGGUGAACUGGCGAUUUCAUUUGUAUCUAUGUUGAUUUCCUUUGUAUCUAUGUUGAUUUCCUUUGAUCUGAUGAAUUUUGAUGUGAUGGGUUAUCUAUCGAAAUCCUGUGGUGUUAUAAUUUAGUUCUUUGCUCUAGUUUAAUAAAUCUAUAUAUUAAAUAGGAUAUAAAAUUUAUAUGUUCCCUUAUCAAAUGUUACUAAUAUAACUUUAUAAGUAUUGUCUUGGUAAACUUUAAAAAUGUUAGUUAUGUGUCGAAAGUGGUUAUUGCAAAUCUCUGUUCUCUUAAUAACAACCGCAAGAGUAAUCGAUGGUUCUGACGAACCGAAGAGUGACAAAGAGGAGGUGGACUGUAGUACGCUCAGAUUAGGACAGUACAUUUGUCCAGAUCCUAGUUUAAACCAAAUAGAUCCAGAUACGCAGCAGUAUAGAGGCUGUACAAAAGGAGAAGUGAUACCUUCGGAAGGAGAAGCUUUGGUGCAAUGUAUUGCUGCAGAUGGUAUAAUUUGUCAAGAAUCAAAGAGUUCUUCUUUCAAAAAGAAGCUCCCUUGUAAAUGGACAAAUGGGUAUUCACUGGAGAUAGCACUGCUACUGUCAGUGUUUCUAGGAAUGUUUGGUUUGGAUCGCUUCUACUUGGGAUACCCAGGUAUCGGCUUGGCCAAACUGUGCACUCUGGGAUUCAUGUUCCUGGGGCAACUUCUGGAUAUUAUUCUCAUAGCUGCUCAAGUUGUCACCCCAUCAGAUGGAUCGAGUUAUGUAAUCCCAUACUAUGGAGCUGGAGUCACUGUUAUCCGGAGUGACAAUGAGACGUACCUGCUCCCUCAGGCUGACUGGCAUAACAUCACCUGACAGUGGGGCAUUAUCUCUUUCGAGGAGGAUGAGGACUAUGAGUGGACAUAAAUAUAUCAAAAAUGAUAUACCACCAAAAGGAAAACUGUGUUCUAUUAUAUUAUAAGUUAUUAUAAGUUUAGACAUAGUUUCAUGAAAGUGAGAUUUAAAGUGCAGUGGCUGCAGUGAUCUCUUGUUCAAAUGACGUUCACCUUUAAAUAUGUAUGUUCAAUUUCAGCGAUGUGUAGGACAUAAAUUUAAAAAGUAAAAAGGUAGGUACAUAUGUACAUAUAUUCACAUCUAUACCCUUUGCGGCGUUUUAAGUAACAAGGAAAGGCAAUCAAUGGUGGAAUGUAAUGUAGGCAUAUCUCUGAUUUAAACUGCUUUCAUAGUAAUCAAAAGCUUUUUACAUUAAUGUGCUGGAGUUGGGGCUCAUUAAGAUGUAAAAAUAGAUUUUUAAGGCACCACAUAUUAGGUCUAUUGUAAGUGUGUAAGAUAUUGAAAUUAUAAAAAAUGCUCCUAUUAUCUUAUCUCAUCCUGUGAUAUGAAUACAAUUUUAUAUAUUCCAAGAAUAUGAAAGUAUAUAAAAGUGUGGAGGGAAAGGUCGGAGUGGGAAGACCUCGACGAACGCAUCUUGAUUAAAUUAACGACGUCCUAAAUUUUACUUGUAUAUUGUAUGACCACUUAGGUUACCUUCUUAUUAAUUAUUUCCAAAGGUGUAUUGUUGUUAUGUAAAUAUCUAGAUUAUAUUCAUAAUUCAAAAGAAAAUGUACAUAUUGUUUAAUACAUGCAAUGCAAAUCUAACUCUCAGAGAUUUUUUAAUUAUUAUGAUGAGUAAAAAGAAAAUUAAUUUAAACAAUGAAAUAUAUAUAAUUCACCUCUAUAUUAAACAAUUUAACAAGGUAUAGAAUUAAUUUGUACGUUAGCAUUAAUUUUUUUCUUUUCCCUCGUCUUGUAUGGCCGGCUGAGUUUCUUGCACAGCAAUGUCUGAUGGAGGUGCUGUCAGUGUAAAUAUCACAGGAAUACUUGAUAACACUGGGUUAUCAUUCUUUUCUAGUAAUCUAAUCCAUGACAAUAAGGAAUCACGAGAUGAAGUGCCUGAAAAUAAGAAACUGGUUUAAAUACAUCAAAUUAAAAUCAUGAUUUGUUUAUAAUAAUAACUUUUCACAGUGGUGAUGUCAUGGCUAUCAGCUCUAGGUUAUGGGAACAGUGCAUCAUCUUUUUUGUGGUUGCUCUAGGUGGCAACUAAAGGAGACAUUAACAAAAGGAUGGUGGCUUACACUGGUUCUAAACACAUUAAAUCCUGAAAAGAGGGGAUGGCUAAGGCUAAGAGGUUUAAUAUAAAUUAUAUAUGGAACAAAUGACACAGAUGAGAGGUCAUCGUCUCAUUGAUUUAAUUCUGAGUUUAAGAAAUGCAUAGACAAGCAACUCACCUGUGGCACAGACUGAUACUAUUGUUCCAUCGUCCUGUUCAUGUAAUGUGUUUCUUAUUGAGGGUAGCUUUGUGCUUCCUAUAAACCCGGGAAUACCAGAAGGUUUCUCAAUGUUGGAUACAUCUGGAAAUAAUUAUAAGUACCAAUGUACUUAAUACAGUUUUUAGUGAUAAUACACAUUAACAAAGUAUUUUUAAGUAACUAAGUAUUUUGUUUUGUGAUUAUAGUGCUCAUCUAUUUCUUACUAGCUUUUGCCCGCAACUUCAUCCAUCUUGUCUCUUUUUACAACAAAAAGUAUGUUAAGUUUUUCUUAGGGUCAACUCUAUCUCUGUACCAAAUUUAAAAAAAAAAUAAGGAAAUCACAGUUACUUUCCCAUUUAUAAUAUAAGUAGGGGGAGAAGUACAUAAUUUCCUUACAAUCACAAAGGGUUUCAUUGGCUCUGGCUGUAUGAUAACAACAAAACUUCUUUGCAAGAAAACGAGAAAAAAUUUCAAUGCAUAAUGACAAUAAGUUACCAUCAGGAUCAGUGUCAUCUUUGAUUUCUGGUCUUAUUUUUCCAAUAAGGAGGAAAUAAUUCACUGUUUGGUCUCUCAAGUAAACCAUAUAGGGUCCUUUCACAACAAGUGGUUCAUCUUCAGGUUGCUCCGCUAACAGCACCUGCUGAGCUCCACUUUGAGCGCUGACAAUCCAUGUCUUGUCUAAUGAGGCCUCAAUUUCUU